UCUGGGUUUUCCCGGAAGUAAGAGGAGCGGGACAUUCAAAGACGUAAACAAACCUUUUCUGUUGGCGUGAACUUCGUAUUUGCCAAAAUGCUGAAGAAGGCACCUAAAUUAAAACACAUAAUUAAGGCAAAAACAAAGAAUGACGUCAAUGUGAGGCCGACGUCAGAGGCAAUGAUUGAACUCCUGACGCUGCUGUUUCUGAACAGCCUGGCUGAGGAGGCGAAGUCCAAAGCUUUUGAAGAGAAAUCUGCAACUAUCAGAGCUCAUCACCUCAAAGCAGUCUCCAAGAAAAUGCUGAAAAAAUCACGGGGGUGAAGACGGCCAAGUUCGUCAUCGUCAUUUUUAUGAACAUUAUCAUGAAUAACAGCGGCAAUUUUUUUUUUUAUGAAAUAUAAUAUGUUUUCAUCUGAAAUGUACAUUUUUUGUGUUUUUUAAUCUAUUCUUUGUAUAUCUGGUUUCCUGUCA